AUGGAGAUGCGAACGCACCACCCGAGCAAGCGCGGAUCCAUGGAUGAGGAGGACAGGCUGAGCAGCCUCCCCGACGACCUCCUCCACUCCAUCCUCCGCGAGCUCCCGCUCAAGCACGCCGUUCGAACGAGCGCCCUCUCCCGGCGGUGGGCGCUGCAGUGGCUCCGCGCGCUCGCCUCCUCCCGGGUCCUCGACUUCACCGACCUCGACUUGGCCGCGGCGGCCACGGUGCGCCGCUGCCUUGAGCUCCACGCCGAGCACGCCGCGCCACUCGACGUGUUCCGCUUGGCGCUCAGGUCCCCGCCAGCAGGGUCGAGCGACGGCGCGUUCGGGCGCGACGUCGUCGGCUGGAUCGCGUCCGCCGUGGCGAGGGGCGCCAGGGAGGUGGAGGUGGACCUGCACCUGACGCCGACACCGACACCGACACCGACAGGGUCAGGACGACGACGACGACAGAGGCGCCAGGUUCCGGACUCCGACGACGGAAGCGCGGCGUUCGUGGAGCUCCCCGGCGGCCUGUUCCAGGCCAGGAACUCGCUGGCGCGCCUCGCGCUCGGCGGGCUCAGCCUCCGCGCCGUCCCGCUCGCGGCGCCAGGCCUCGCUGGCCUCCGCUCGCUCUCUCUAAGCCGCAUCGGCGUCACCGACGAGGUGGUCCGGGGCAUUCUCGCCAGCUGCCGGGCGCUCGAGUCCCUCAGCCUCAGGAGCUGCUCCCUCCUCGCCUCGGUGAGUAUCGCCUGCGAGCGGCUGCGGGAGCUGCAGCUCCUGGGCUGCCGGGCCGUGCAAGAGGUGAGUAUCGCCUGCGAGCGGCUGCGGGAGCUGCGGCUCCUGGGCUGCCGGGCCGUGCAAAAGCUCCAGGUCGCCGCGCCCGCGCUGGAGUCGCUCACCCUGUACGGCCAGGUCUGCUGGAGCGAGAACGGAGGUAACCACCUGGAGCCCUUUCCUGUUUUCUUUUACUUCGUCGGCAUGCCGGCGCUGCGGGACGCGUACCUGUCGCACCUCGGCUGUGGUGCCUACAACGUCGUUCACGACAUGUCCUACCCCCAUCUGUACGACGUCGUCGCGCAUGCCCGGAUCGUGACGCUUUGCUCCAUCGGCUUGCUGCUUCUUUACAACCACUCCAUGGAUGACAUCGCAUAUAGGGAGAUGCCGAACCUAGAAGAGCUGCAGCUGCUUCUGGCCGAGUACUCGGACGAUGAAGACCAGAUGCAUGUGUCCACUUUCUUCAUGCUCACCCCGCUUCCGGUCCUCCAACGUCUCUUUCUCCACCUCCCCAGCGAUCUUGGAUACGGAUGGAGCAGGGACUGGGACUCGGACGACGAGGCGCAGCUCCCCAGCGAUCUUGGAUACGGAUGGAAUAGGGACUGGGACUCGGACGACGAGGCCGACAGCGCAGACCUGAGAAUCGAGCACGAGAUCGUCCUUGACCAGCUGACUCUCAUCAAGGUUUUCAAUUUUAUGGCGACAAGGCGAGAGCUGCGGCUGCUCACCUUCUUCCUGACGAGGGCCCCUAGCCUGGAGCAGCUGGUGCUGGUCACGGCGGAAGGAGAGAAAGCUCCCGCUGACGACCAGCUAAAGGCCAUGCAAGAGCGGGUGUCGGAGUUGCAGAGGUCGUCGCGCGAGGCACGCAUCUCCGUGUGCCGGCCCAAGGAAGACGAUAGCCAGAACCAUGCACACACCAGGUUCUUCCACGAGGAUGAUGAGUAUGUAAAAAUCUAUGAUUUUCUAUAA